AUGGCAGGCAUCGUCUCGGCCGCCAACCUUGGCGGCAUCGCCGAUCCUCGCGUCGGUCAUGAAGCUGAUAUUAUCGGCACCGAGGAAGAGCAUCACACUUUUCACACUUCCAAGGCCAUGGGGGACACUCCUCCGAACUACGAUGGACACGAUGGACACCACAGUAUCCCCGCUCCCAUCUUGGCUGGGAAGGACUCCAUCUACUUGGAUCCCAGCAUUACUUUCGAGAACUACGUCUUCUGGGCCAAUCGGUCUCGUGAGUACGAGAGAACCAUUCGCACAGAUGAUAAGGGCCUCGCAGCAUGGGCUAGCAUGCUCAUGGGCAAGAAGAAGAACCCCAUUGAAUCACAAGACGUCUCGCCACCAGCGCUCUCAGAGAACGCCAAUGACGAGAUUACCGAUGAGAAGAAGAUUCAAAGCAACCCUGCGGAUGUGCCCCUGAAGACCGAAGCAACUGACAGCUACGGAAUCACCGAGACCGAAUGGGAACAGGCUCAGCGGGCAGGUCGGACGGCUACCUGGGGAUCAAUCUUCUAUCUGAUUACCACGGAUAUUCUGGGCCCCACCAACGUUCCCUGGGCCAUCAGUCGCAUGGGCUAUGGACCCGGUUUCGCUUUGUACACGGUCUUUGGUCUCAUGGCGGCUUAUUCGGGUGUGCAGCUUUGGAAAAUCUUCGUCGGCCUGGACUCUACCCGCUUCCCCAUGCGCAAUUACGGCGACAUGGCCUUCCGCGUUUUUGGCAGCUAUGCCCGUAUUUUCGUCAACGUCCUUCAGAGUUUCCAGUUCUUCUUGAAUGUGUCUCUGUUGAUCACCAGUAACGGACAGGGUUUGGCGCAGAUGGCUCAGGGCCACAAUGGCAAGGGAUUCCUCUGUUUCAUUGUUGCCGAGGUCAUCUUCAUGAUCAUCGGCUUUCUUCUCGGUCAGAUUCGUACUCUGCAGCGUCUGUCCUUCCUUUCCAACAUUGCUAUUUGGUUGAACGUCAUCGUCAUCAUCAUGACCAUGGUCGUGGUUCACCAAUACCCUCCGAACUAUGCCGCCGUGCACGCCAGUUACCCAUCAAUCGUCAAGGGUCCAGUCAUGACCAGCGCCAACUGGCCCUCCAGCUCUACCCUAAAUGACAAGGUCAAUGCGAUGAUGAACGCUGUCUUCGCCUACGGUGGUGCGACCCUGUUCAACGAGCUCAUGGCCGAGAUGCGCCGUCCCUACGAUUUCUGGAAGGGAUUCAUCUGCGCCGAGAUCUUCAUCUACUCCUGCUAUCUGAUCAUGGGCAUGGUCGUCUAUAGCGCCCAGGGCCAGUUCACCUUCAACCCGGCCUACCAGGGUAUCCCCGACUCGGCCUACCGUUUCCAGACUCUCGGAAACGCCAUCUCCUUCAUCACCGGUGUCAUUGCUGCCCUGCUCUACGGCAACAUUGGUAUCAAGGUCUUCUACUCCUCCGUCCUGCGUGACGUCUUCCAUUUCCCCCCUCUAGACAGCCGCAUCGGCAAGUGGCUCUGGGUCGGUCUCGUCCCGCUUUACUGGGUCCUCGCCUGGAUCGUCGCCGCCGCCAUCCCUCAAAUCACCAAUCUCACAUCCUUCGUCGGCGCCGCCUGCAUCUUGCAAUUCUCCUAUACCUUCCCACCCAUGCUUUUGGUCGGCUACAACGUGCAGAAGGACGCCAUGCUUCCCGAGGAGUGCUUCAACCCGCAAACCGGCCAAGCCGAGCGCAUCGACAGCGGUAUCAAGCGCUGGAUCCGCGGCUACAAGAAGAAGUUCGUUUGGAACACCUUCGAUGUCAUCUACUCCCUCGCUGCUCUGUCCUGUGCUGGCUUGGGUAUCUGGGCGUCUGUGAUUGCGAUGCAUUCCGAUUUCGCGUCGUCUAAUCUGACGCCUUUCACUUGUGCCAAUCCUGCUGGUUGA